UAAACAUUGGACACAGAUGAAUUAUUUCUUGCAAGACGAAAAAAAAUACGCAUGAUUUUUUUUAAGAAGGUCUCAAAAUAUUAUCAGACAUAAAGAAACUAUUAUAUUCGAGGUGCCAUCAUGAUGAAGUUGGCAUUUUUUUGUCUUGCCUUGCUGACUUAUAUUAAUGCCUUACCAUACUCGCGAGUACGACGCGCAAACGAGGAUAUAAAAUACGGACCAUGCAAAAACACAUACGAUCAAUGUGACGAAUGGAAACAAACAGGCAUGUGUGGAAUGGAUCAGUAUAAGGAAUACAUGGCCACAGUGUGUCCAGUGACGUGCAAUUAUUGCAAAGACACGAAUAGUGGAGGUGAUGCUGAAUCUGUAGCCCCAGCUAAAGUGGAAUCAUCAGCUCCAUCAUCAACUACAGAUAGUACCGACACAACACAAAGUGACUAUCAAGCACAGUUACAAAAGUAUUAUGAAAACGUGCAAAAGCAGCAGUCAGAGUAUAUUGCAAAAACUGCACAACAAUCUGCUGCUGUGUCUGAAGCAGUUCCUUCAUCCACUGAUAGUCAGGCUACUUCUUCAGCAGCAGUUCCAGGAGCUUUAGAAGCAGCACCAGCUGAACCUGCUUCCUCACCUGCUGUAGCUCCUAACACCGAAGAGAGUUCUGCUGCUAAGGAUUCUGCUCCAUCUCCUGAAGAGCAACCAGGAUCUUCAACAGCUGCAGUGGCUUCAGAAACUGCCAGUUCUGUUCCAGAGCAAGCGGCUUCUGUACCUGCUGCUCCAGCUGCUGCACCAGCACCUGACCCAGUUCCUGCCGUCUCUGCACCCCUUCCAUCACCCGAAGCACCUCUUCCAGCACUGGCUGCUCCAGCCCCUGCUCCAGCUCCUGCUGCUUCCUUUCCUCCUGGCCCUGCCCCUGCUGCAGCAGCUCCAGCGCAGGCUGAACCUGCUGCAACUGUUCCUGAACCUGACGCCACAGCUUCUUCAGCACCUUCAGUUUAUAAAUCCGCUCAGUCAAGUCCAGUUACUUCUUCUGGAAGCACAUCAAGCCAACAACCUAGUUCCUCUACUAGUUAUCAAGCGCCGUCCUCUUCUAAUUAUCAGGCGCCAUCUUCGACAAAUCAACAAUCUACGGAAAACAAGUCCUAUAGCUCCUCCCGUCCUUCCAGUGCUCAGUAUAAUAGCACUUCUAAUAAGGCAACUUCGAAUGAAAAAAGCGAUGAGGAUGAUUCUACGAACGAAAAAAUACAAACAGAAUCAAAACAUUUAGAAAAAGUACUAGCUAAAGCUAAGCAAACUCGUUUGUCGGUUGAAAGAAAGCAAGCUAAAUCCUUAAAAGAAGAGGAGAAUUCGACGGGAAUCGAAGGCGAAGAAGAAGAGGAAAGAGAAGAAAGUGAGUUUAAGGAAACAAAGAAUAAGACGAAACAACAAGAGGAGAAAGAAAAACCAACACCAAAACUGAAAACAUUUGCAAAGGAAGUCGAUAAGGAAAAUACAAAAGGCGCCACAGAGAAGGCGUAUACGAUUUCAAACGAGAAAAUACAUUCCUCCUCUGAGAAUAAACUUAAAUUAAAAAAGAAGAAGGUGAAAUCGGGUUUUCACGCUGAGAAAUCUUCACUCUCUGCUUUAAGACUGAAAAAGAAAUAUAACAAAAGUCCAAAUAAAAUGGCUGUACGUUCUGAUGAACCUGUAGGCGAUAAUACCGGAAGUGAAAUGUUUGAAACUGAGGCAAGCUUGCUUGAGAAUAGUAAUGAUAGCGAUGAUGACGAUUCCGGAAGUAGCAGCGGAAGCGGCAUGGAGGGUGGGUUCGAAGAUGAUUUAGAUGAAUUAAGUUUAUUAAAUGGUUUAAACUUUGAUGACGAUGAUUAUGACGUAGCUGAUGAUUUAUCCAAUGAAAUUUCAACACUCGACCAUGAGCGAAAAUUUUUAAAAAAUGAUAAGGAGGAUUUAUUAUCUCAUGCUCACGCAGGUCUCAACAAAGUGAGGAGCGAAAUCGAUGUACCUGAAACAAGUAACCAUGCUGAAAUCAAAAAUGAGGACUCCGAUGCGGAUAGCAAUGAGUCCGGUGAUGUCGAAUCAGGAGAAGCUGAGUCGGGUGAAACAGAAGACGAUAAAAGUAGUACUUUAUUGGAAAGCACUUUAAAGAGUGGAGAUCUUAAAGCAUUUUCUGUAGCGAAAAACCAGGACAGCGACGACUCAUCUGUGAGAAAAUCGACCGCCGGUAGUGGGGAUGCCCCAUCGAAGAAAUCGACAGCAGGUAGUGGUGAUGCCCCAUCAAAGAAAUCGACGGCUGGUAGCGGCGAUGCCCUAUCAAAGAAAUCGACCGCAGGUAGCGGGGAUGCCCCAUCAAAGAAAUCUGACACAGGUAGUGGUGAUGCCCCAUCAAAAAAAUCGAUCGCAGGCAGUGGGGAUGUCCCAGCAAAGAAAUCAACUGAAGGAAGUGGUAAUUCCCCUGCAGCGAAAGCACAUGUGCCAUCACCUUUUACUCGUUUAAUUGGUUCGGGAAAAGGGGAGGACAAUGAACCCGAAGAAGAAGAAGAAGAAGAGGAAGAACCAACAUCACGUGAUCAAAAGCCAGGAAAGCAACUAAAAUCAUCGGAUUUGUUACCUGAAGAUUUGUUGCCGGCAACUGAAGAAGAACGAAAGGAAGAGGAAGACAAAGCAUUUGGAUCAGGCGAAGAGCCGCCGAAAGGUAAACUCAGUCUUGUUUUGAAACAAAAUUUCAAUGACAACCUUAAAGACUCCAACUCAGCAAAUUACCAAAUGUUGGCAGGGAACAUCAAAAAAGACAUGGCAAAGGCAUUGAAAGGUUCGAAUGUUAAAGAUGUACAAUUCUCUGAAGCUACCAUCAACGGAAAUCCUCGUCAAACCGGAAAGACGAAAGUUACGUUUUCCAUAGAAAACAAAGAUGACCCAGAUUUUAUGAAAAAACUUAUCAAACUAGUCGACGAAGGAAACCUGAAUGGUUUGAGCAUUGUGAAAAGUUCAUUAGAAAAUGACGAUGACAAUUAAAGAUUCAAAGAAUUUACGACAAAAGGUCUGACAGAUCCUGGAUCAUGCAUUUAAGAACGAUAUAGAUAGAAUAUCAGCAAAUGUGUUAAUUCGAACUUGAUACCAAACUAUAUUUAUUUGUUUCUUUUGUAUAGUACUUUUUUAAUUCAUUCAUUAUUUCAGACAUUGUUACUAUCGACAACUUAAAUUCUCAUACAAUUAUUUUGAUGCGAAAUCAAGCAUCAGCACAGCUUUCUCUUUAACCCUGGGUUUACGCUAAUUUGAAAAGAUGCAACAAAAUUCGCACAAAAGCACUGAAACUUUGAUUGAGAAAUUGAUUUCGUAAUCAAGAAAUGCUUGAUGAAUUUUUAAAAGAAAUUGACGAAUGACAAAACUUCCAACUCAUUCUCCUUUGAUAUAAUGGUCCACCGAACGAUUAAGAAGUCUGGGUUUGAGUAUGCCAUCUUUACCCAAAACCGUGAAGCAAUAAUCUAUGAAGUUAUUACAAUAAGUAUUUAUUUUCAGCAAGUAGAAAUUAUAGCUAGAAGAAAACUGGGGUCCAUAAAAUACUUCAAACGCAGAAUUUUUAUCAAACUUUUUGACAAGGCAUUCGCAGUUGUCAGAAAAGCUCACGAAGAAGUGACAUUUGUUAGUGGGAAACAAUUAAAGGAGUCUAAGUUCGAAGUUGUCAUAUAAAGAUAUUAUGCUGGCAAAAAAUAUAUAUGGAUAUUUUAGUGUUAAUUUUGUAUCAUAAGACUAAUAUAUUAUGCAUAAAAUGGUAUUUUGGCUUCGUUAAA